GGAGAGUUGUGGGGGUCUGGCUUUUAACUACUUAGGUGGAACUGCCUGUGGGAUGUUGUUCCCGAAGGACGUGAGGGUUGCAUAGGCUCAUCAAACUAUGACCACUUCAGAGAGCUGGGUCCUUAGUGGUUCUUCUUUAGCAUCCCAAGUUCAUGCUGCUGCUAUUAAUGGAGAUAAGGGUGCUCUACAAAAGCUGAUAGCAGGAAACCGUGAACUGAAAGACAAAGAAGAUCAAUUUGGGAGAACCCCACUCAUGUACUGUGUGUUGGCCGAUCGUGUCGAUUGUGCAGAUGCCCUCCUGAAGGCAGGAGCAGAUGUUAAUAAAGCUGAUCACAGCCAGAGAACAGCACUACAUCUUGCAGCACAAAAGGGAAAUUAUCGUUUCAUGAAACUCUUACUCACUCGGAGAGCAAACUGGAUGCAAAAGGACUUAGAAGAAAUGACUCCACUACAUUUGGCAACCCGACAUAAAAGCCCUAAAUGUUUGGCUCUUUUGUUAAAGUUUAUGGCACCAGGAGAAGUGGAUACACAGGACAGAAAUAAGCAAACAGCUCUGCAUUGGAGUGCCUAUUACAACAACCCAGAGCAUGUGAAGCUUCUAAUCAAACAUGAUUCUAAUAUUGGAAUCCCUGAUAUUGAAGGAAAGAUCCCACUUCAUUGGGCAGCUAACCACAAAGAUCCUAGUGCAGUCCAUACUGUCAGAUGCAUUCUGGACGCUGCUCCCACGGAAUCUCUGCUGAACUGGCAGGACUACGAGGGAAGAACGCCUCUGCAUUUCGCAGUCGCUGAUGGGAACGUGACGGUGGUGGAUGUUUUGACCUCCUACGAAAGCUGCAACAUAACCUCUUAUGAUAACUUAUUCCGGACGCCUCUUCACUGGGCUGCCUUGCUUGGUCAUGCACAAAUUGUCCAUCUCCUUUUGGAAAGAAACAAGUUGGGAACCAUUCCAUCUGAUAGCCAAGGAGCAACGCCACUCCAUUAUGCAUCCCAGAGUAAUUUUGCAGAGACAGUGGAAGUCUUUUUGAAACAUCCCUCUGUGAAGGAUGAUUCAGACCUCGAGGGAAGAACAUCCUUUAUGUGGGCAGCAGGAAAAGGCAGUGACGAUGUCCUUCGGACAAUGCUGAGCUUAAAAAUGGACAUUGAUAUCAACAUGACAGAUAAAUAUGGAGGGACAGCUUUACACGCAGCUGCCCUUUCUGGCCAUGUCAGCACCGUGAAGUUAUUAUUGGACCACAAUGCUCAGGUGGAUGCUACAGACGUCAUGAAGCAUACACCACUAUUUCGAGCCUGUGAAAUGGGGCACAAGGAAGUCAUUCAGACACUCAUUAAAGGUGGAGCAAGGGUUGAUCUAGUAGACCAAGAUGGCCAUUCUCUUCUGCACUGGGCAGCACUGGGAGGAAAUGCUGAUGUGUGUCAAAUAUUGAUUGAAAAUAAAAUCAAUCCAAAUGUUCAAGAUUAUGCAGGAAGAACUCCCUUGCAGUGUGCUGCAUAUGGGGGCUAUAUUAACUGCAUGGCCUUACUGAUGGAAAAUAAUGCAGAUCCUAACAUACAAGACAAAGAGGGCAGAACAGCGCUGCAUUGGUCCUGUAACAAUGGAUACCUUGAUGCUAUAAAAUUGUUACUCAGUUUUGCAGCUUUUCCCAAUCAGAUGGAAAACAAUGAAGAAAGGUACACACCUCUUGAUUACGCUUUGCUUGGGGAGCACCACGAAGUCAUUCAAUUUAUGUUGGAACACGGGGCUCUGUCAAUAGCAGCCAUUCAAGACAUUGCUGCCUUCAAAAUCCAAGCUGUCUACAAAGGGUACAAGGUCAGGAAGGCAUUUCAGGACCGAAAAAAUCUCCUAAUGAAGCACGAACAGCUGAGAAAGGAUGCUGCUGCCAAAAAACGUGAAGAAGAAAGCAAGAGAAAAGAAGGAGAACCCCAAAGGGGAAUAUCGAGCCCAAUUAGAUCUCACAUACAAGGACAACAGUUUCCAGAGAAGCGUAACACAACAACCAAGCCUCCACAGCUACCCAGCAAACCCACUAUUUUUCCUGGCAAACAAUCAUUUUCCAGCAAUGCCUCUCCAAGCCAAAUGGGAAAAAGUCACAAGGGAUCCCCAAGAGCGUCUCCCGACAUAGCAUACAGAAAAGAGCAAUUUCUCUCUACAGAAAAGCAAGGAGAAAAUCACCGAAGGCAAAAAGAAUCAACCAGAGAGCAUUCCAAAGGCAAAGUUCCUUGUGUUCACUUCAGCCCUAAUGAAAGAGAUCAUGAACAACGCAAAGCUCAGAUGACCAUUUCUAAGGCAGAAAGUGACAAAAGCAGAGAAUUGCUAUCUCUGAAAGGAAAGGGUGCCCCAAGGCAUCCCUCUUUUACUAAGGCAAGCAGAGCUGGAGAGAAAUUAGAAGAUCCAAGGCUGCCGGUGGCUCCCAGUGGUCAGUCCUUGGAAGGAACAGCAGCAAUGUGCUUGCCUAAUUCUAAUUGCCCAGAUGGAAACCUGAGGCACCACAAAACACUAUCAAGGACCAAAACGCACUCGGUGAAAAGAAGUAAAGUGCUAAAGGGAGGGAGGGGCUCUCCGGCUGGUUCGAGCAGACCUGGAAGUGCCAGGGUGGAAACUACCCACCGAGGGAAUGAGAUUUCAUAUAAUCGGGGCCAAAGAAGCAAGGGGGCAGAUAAUGAAGGCAUAGGAAGAGUUUGCUCUGUGCUACCAAGUAAAACAGGAUUGGCAAGAGCUGGACCCAGUAAUCUAGGAAUGCAGCCUAUGCCUGGUGACAGGCUGAACUUAGUGAAGGCAAAAACAACAUCCACAAACACAGGGGAUCAGGUGUCCUUCUCGCCAAUGGGGCAGAAUUUGAAUAUUGAACUUCUCCCAUUAGAGAGUCGGCUAAUGAUCAUUGAAAAAGAAAGAACAAGGAAAGAGUUAUUCCGGAAAAAGAAUCAUGCUGCUGCUGUGAUUCAAAGGGCAUGGAGAAGUUACCAACUAAGAAAGAAAUUGUCUGAACUAUGCAGCAUCCAGCGACAAGGUGAAGAUGAAGACAAAUGGAGACAAGAGAGAGCUGCCUUUUCCUUUCAGGUUGCUUGUAAGAAACAGCAGAACCCCAAGGGCUUGAAACCAUCCUGUAAAACUCCCAAAACUAUAAACAAGAGCAACUCCCUAAUCAAACAAAAGAAGCAAGCUGUCCUCCAACAGAUCUAUGGAUGCCCUCAGGAAGGGAGAGUGCAUCACCCCAUAAGACCUUCAGCAAAGCCUCCUCUCUCUGCCAUGCACUUAAUUUCAGUAAGCAACAACUUGCAGUAUGUACACUUACUUGAGAAUGAUGGAAAAUUAAAGAACUUCUCUUACAACAUGAGACCAGCCACCGAGAUGAAAGCAAGAAAUCAAAAAUCCAGUCACUGA